UAAAAAUGAAAAAGAAAAAACCGCCGCUUAAGUCAGCUGAAGUCGCUUCGUUGGUAAAUAAAAGGGAGAGUGGAGGGUAAGCUUGGUAUUUGGAAAUAAGGGGUCUUUCAGUUCGUAACAGACAGCUGCUGCUAGGGAAGGAAAACAAAACCUCCGUUUGUAUAUUGUUGUUGUUGUUCGCAACUUGGUCUGAAAGGAACUGAAUCAAUUCGAUGCAUUAGUGGCUACAAUGGCGGAUUCCCAGAAAUUGACGGCUUUGAAAAAGGCUUAUGCCGAAAUCAUUCUGAACACGGCUAAAGAGGCGGCGGCGAGGAUAAUGGUGUCGGAGAGAAAGGCUCUAAGAUAUCAGCAAGAGCUGUUCGCUGCUAAAGAUGAGGCGUUGCGUAUGUUGCUUAGGUUGAAACAAAUGUUGGAUGCUAAGGUUAAUGAUGCAGAGAUGAUGUCCUUGAAUCAACAGAAAAGAAUUGAAGAGCUCGAAGCACAACUGGGAGAGGCUGAGGAUAUAGUUAGAGAUCUUAGAGCAGAGUUGAGAGAAGCACAGGAUGAGUUGGAGAAGCUGUCACAAGACUCGGUGCAUUAUUCGGAUGAAAAAAGGUUGAAAGAUGAUGUUGCUGCUUCAGUAGAAAGAUCUCAGGAAAAUACAAUCAAUGAAUUUUGGUCUGUCAGAUCUUUACCUGAUGCACAAACUAAUUUAGUGACUGUUUCUGAUAUCAAGAGUUCAGUUCUGAGCAGAACUAAUGCGGGUAAUAAGUGUUCUUGUAAGGAUAAUUGCUAUGUUUGUAACCCUGAUUUUGCCUCCAUAGUGAUGAGACGAAAAGAGCCUGACCUGUAUAGAAAUGGGUGCACUCAUAGGAUUCGUGCGCUUGAAAGGUGCCUUUUGAAUGAAAAUUUAUCUCUUUCUAGGCAAGUAGAUGAUGCAAAGAAUGAAAAUACUGGAGAAGGUGAAGAAGGUAAGGGUAUGCCCUCGAAACUUUCUACAAGAGCUGACAUCUGCAGACUGGAAGGAAAAACAGAUGAGUUGAAAGUGAUGAACAACAUUACCCAAGUUCUUCCUCUUAGUUUUUUUCAUAUGAAAAGGAAAAGAGCUGCUAGAUAUAAGAAAAAUAAAGCUUCCUCAUCCAUGAAUGUACUUGAUCAGGUUGUAGCAAUGUGCCAAGAACCUGAUCUAUUGUGCUUGGAAAGUUUUUCGCAUGAUCCUGAAAGUAACGGUCAAUUUGGGGAGGACUCUAGGAUCAUCAAACAUGAUACUCAGAAGGGUCCCCAUUCUCCUAACACUAGUUCACCUUUAGAUGCUGCUAAAGUAAUUGCUGAAUCAGGAUAUGAAGAUCAGAAGGAUGAUGUGGAGUUUGGGAAAGCUUGCGACUUCAAUGAUAACAAAAAUAAUGAUAAAUCGCUGGUAGACAAAAAACAGUUGAUAAGGCAGGAAAGUGGAUCUGCCGAAAUAUCAGGGGAUCCAUGUUGCAAAACAGAUCUUGAGACCGUUGAUGUGUCUGCAGUGAACUUGGAUGUUAAAUCAUCUGAAAUAACUGAGAGGUCUUCUCCUCAACUGUCAAAUAAUAAGUUUCUCAUGUACACAUUCAAAAGAAAGAGGAAGAAGGAUUCUUUGAGCAGCCCUGACAGAGAUUGCUCACAUGAUGAUGACAUUUUGCACAAGAAGAUAAAGGAGAAGCAAAAUGGUUCUCUAGAUUCAGAAAAGUCCACGUUGACAUCCGAAGAAUCUAGAGAUAGUCAACGACUAGUUCAAGUUGCUCGUCAGCUCAUAUCAUUAUCGGAGAAGAAGUUGAGGUAGUAUCUGCUCCUGCUUGGUGCAUCCAUACGGGGAUGCUGAACCGAUGCAGUAAAUCGUUCCGGUCCCCUCUAGGUGAUAGGUGUUGAGCCAGUUUUUAUACUGGCUGGCUGAACCAGGAAGAGCUAUAGGUGUGGGAUUAAUCAAAUAGUUACAUCCAUUAUGGACGUUGUUUAGUGCUGUUUUGGUCUCAUUAUCAUUAAUAUAGUAUAUGUAGAAUAUUUAUCAAAAUUCAGUUGUUUUGAUUUAGCUUUACUAAAAAUGAUUAAAAUUGCAAGUUUUGCUCAUUUUAUUCCAUGUAGGUUCGGAUAAUGUAUAUCUAAAGAUUGACAUCUGUUUUGAUUUCAUUGCAAA